AUGAAUUUCAGGAGGCUUUUCUUCUCGUUCUUCCUCGUCUUUGUUGUCGGCUUCGCGCUGGCUCAGGCGGACGAAACGAAGCAGCCUCGCGGACCGAAGAUUACGAACAAGGUUUUCUUCGAUAUUGAGCACGGUGGAAAGCCAUUGGGAAGAAUCGUCCUGGGAUUAUACGGCAAGACCGUCCCUAAGACGGCUGAGAACUUCCGAGCUCUGGCUACUGGCGAGAAGGGAUUCGGUUAUGAGGGAUCUACCUUCCACCGUGUUAUCAAGCAGUUCAUGAUCCAGGGCGGUGACUUCACCCGGGGAGAUGGAACUGGUGGAAAGUCCAUCUACGGUGCCAAGUUCCCCGACGAGAACUUCAAGCUCCGCCACACUAAGAAGGGUCUCCUGAGCAUGGCCAACGCCGGAAAGGACACCAACGGCUCUCAGUUCUUCAUCACUACUGUUGCCACCCCUUGGCUCGACGGACGUCACGUCGUCUUCGGCGAGGUCCUUGAGGGCUACGACGUUGUCGACAAGAUCGAGAAUGUCCCCAAGGGCGCCGGAGACAAGCCCGCCGAGGAGGUCAAGAUCGUCAAGAGCGGUGAACUUGAGAUGGAGUCUGAGCCCGAGAAAGGUAGCCACAAUGAGCUCUAA